UCUGACACGGGCAUGCCGCCUGCCACAAGAACAUUGGACACUUCUCGAAAGUGGUCCAGUUGGGACAGACACGGCUGUCCAGCAGAACAUUUAUACGACAAUCUGAACUACUUCAAUGGCAAUCGCUUCUUCACAGACGACCAGUCGACAGACGAGUGGCCGCUGGACAGCUCUUGCACGCUUCAAGGUCCUUUAGGUUCCUUCUACCCACCCCAACAACCCUAUCCCUUGAGUACAGAGUGUCAUUCGUCUGACUCUGACACCACCUGGUUCCCACCUGGACGAUCAUUUACUACGCAAGGUCAGGGCCUCUUCAGCGACGACCCGUGA